CCAAAAGGUUCAGCGAUGGACGCAUCAUGGGCCGAUCAACCAACUCGGAUCCAUCCUUGCAUAAUGUUACAUGUCCGGCAAGUAUCAAACACCAGCAAAGCAGAGUUGCCUACCCCUGCUCAUACAAAUCUCCGCAAGUUUUAUAAAACCAUCUCCACCACAUCCCAGGGCUUCCCGCCCGCUUCCCCGAUCCCUAAAGACCCACUCCAAAAGAUGGACCGGCGGCCGUGGGCCAUCGACCCGGACCUGGACGGCCUGGACCUCGACCCAGAGGACCUCCAGCCGUCCGUCCCGCUCAAAAAAGUCCCCGCCGGCGACGUCUUCGAGGCGGCGCGCGCCGGCGACGUCGACCGCCUCCGCUACCUCCUGGAGACCGGCGUCAACGUCAACGCCCGGGACCAGUGGGACUCCGUCGCCCUCUACUACGCCUGCCUCGCCGGCCACGUCGAGGCUGCCCGGAUGCUCCUCGAGGCCGGCGCCAUCUGCUCCGAGCGCACCUUCGACGGCGACCGCUGCCACUACGCAGCCCUCAACCUUCGCGUGCGCCGCCUCCUCAAGGCUUUCGAGGCCCGCCCGCCGCCGCUCGGACCGCUGCCCGCCGCCCUCCGCGACACCUUCCUCGGCUGCCCUGCCAAUCGCCGCGCCUAUCUCGAGCAGUGCGAUGACGCCGCCGCCGCGUGGGCAACAGGUUACACUUUGUUAAAUGAUGGAUCCAUUUCCACUCCACUGCCCCCAGAUAUCACCUUCUAUGUGGAUGGAAGACCUAUUGAAGCUCAUCGGGUUAUAUUAAGUGCCCGGUCACCCUUCUUUAAGAAGAAAUUCGAGACAGAUUGGAAGGAUCGCAAGGAAGUGAGAUUUUCUAGCCAAAAAUUGUCUUAUCGUGCAUUAUAUGGCCUUAUUCAUUUCUUCUACUCCGAUAGACUUGAAGUUGCAGUGGAUGACAUGGAAGAUCUUGCACGCACAUGCAAAGCCUGCAAGUGUGAGGAAUUGCAGAAAGUCCUUCAGAAAGAAAUGAUUCACCAAAAAUAUGCAGACUAUAAAGCACUAAUGGAGGUGGAUAAUUCUCAGAAAAGGUUCAUUUUACAAGGCUUGUCCCUACCAGAGCAGGAUAGGCUUCCCUUUGCCUUGCAUCGCAUUCUAGAAAUUUCCCUUGCUAACUCCAGUGGGACAAGCAUGUGUUCUGAUGAUACACGGGACUUGCAAAUGAGCCAAUCUAAUGAUGAUCUUGCUGAUGUUUGUAUAAAAGUUGGUGAAAGGAUUUUCCGCUGCCACCAAGUGAUCCUGGCCUCAAGAUCAGAGUAUUUCAGAGCAAGGUUGUCUCGAAUGACAGGAUUUCUUGAAGGGAAUGAUGGACUGCCUAGUGUCUCACUUCCCUUUCUAGAAGAGCAUGACUUGAGUACAGAAGCAUUUGAGAAAAUGAUAGAAUAUAUGUACACAGAUCGCUUGAAGGAUAUGGACCCUGAUCAGGCGGAAGAAAUGUUUGAUGCUUCUUCAAGAUACUUGUUAUUUCCUCUUAAACGCGCUGUUGCUGAUGCUCUGCUACCGCAUCUGGAGCUGGUCUCACCUGCUGAACUCUGCCACUGGCUGAUAUUAUCGGACAUGUACGGUGUUUUAAAGAUAAGGGAAUAUUGUUUGGAUGUUAUUGCUUGUAAUUUUGAGACAUUUGCUGAUACACGAGAGUUCCGGGCCAUGCUCUUGACACUCCCGCCGCCCUCUGGAGACGACUCAUUGCGUACAACCCUUCCUAGUGCCCCAGGGUCUGUGGGCAAAACUGAUCAGGGCAAUCUUCUAGAUGACUUGAGAGAGAAAUGGUUAGAAGCUGAAGCUGCAGAGCUUGACAAGAGAGAUGAGAGUGCGGCUUUGUUUGACAAGCGGCUUGAGAUGCUUAUGCUUGCAGCAGAACAGGAAGCCAAUGAAGUUCAUGGUGAUUCCAUUGAAAGCAAGCACUGUGAUCAGGUGUCCACCAUGUUAUCCCAUUGGAGAAACAAUUUAACUUCACUGUGGUUGCUUCAUCAUGCGCAAUUGCUUAGGCUGCCAGCCAUUCUUAUGGUGUUUUCAAAUGGACCGAUCAUUUCAAAAGAAAUGAUGCGAGUUACUAGGUUGGAUAAUGACUUGUGUCAAAUUAAAGAUCCGGCAAGCUGGCUUCAUCAUGAAUGGUUGUUUAAAAAUGUCAGCUGCUCUGCGGCUGUUGGGAUGAAAUAACAUGGUGUGAUUGGCACCCUCCAUGUCCAGAUCCUCUACAGCAUGUGACUGAACUGGAGAUACUUCAGUUCUGCAAUCAUGAUUCAUGACUGUUUGUAUAUCACAUAAUGACCCAUGAUUGCAUGAUUCCUGCAUGAUCAUGCAACGUGCUAUCAUUAUACUGUGCAUGUCCUUGCAAUUAGGAGCUGUCUCAUGAUACACCAAUGACCAUGAUUUCUGGAUCUCUACAGUUCAAAACCCAGCAUGACAGGAUCGGAUCUAACUUUUAAUUAAGCAUGAUUUUCCACCAGAUGUGAAAUGUGAUUCAUUCAUGAAAGAACAUGCGAGCUGGAGUUUCAGCCUGAAUCAUAAGAAUCAGGAUGUAACUUGAUUUCUGCCCACUGCAAAGCAUGCCCACAGGACAACUAAGAAAAUAUACACUUCACUGACCUUUUUUUUCUUUUGGUAAAUAUGCUUUGCUGGCCUUUGGAUGAACACCUGUCUACAGUCAGUUUUCACAUUUGGUGAUGAACCAAAAAUGUUCGCAAACUCUGAGCUCAAAAUGCUGCGUUUUGCCUCGUGGUCUAUGCUGUUGAAGCUAUUAAUCAACCAACUAACAUCCAGGAUUCAUGUAGAGAUGAACUCCAACACCUUAAUCAUCAAUCUCAAGAUUUGUGGGAUACUCCAGCGCAAUCGUCUGCAUCCUGAAGUGAAAUCUUAGCUGUGUAAUUCAGAGCGAUCAGUAUAAGACCAACAUGAAGCAUCAGGGGUACGUUAGCAGUACGACUCUACAAAUUCAAGAAAUCAGAAGAAUAAGCAACUCAGAUAUUUGAGAGGUACUACUCUCACGCUAGUUUAUUAAUCAACAUAAAUCGCAAUAACGUAGAUGAUCUCAACUUCAGAGCAUAACCUGUGGGAUAUUUAUGGUUUCCUCAACUUAAAAGCAUACGCAUGCCUCCAAGUCCAGCACAACAAUCUCAAGGAAGUUUUCUGCGAAUUUUACUACAGGCUUCACCAUUAGAAGAGGGAUUAUAAAUUAGAGCAUAUAAAGGCUCUCCCAUAAGAAGGGUAAAAAAGAAGAAACCUUCAGAUCUUUUACCAGAAAGUAAAAAACCUUCAAAUCCACUAGUGAAGCACAUGUGCCAGCUACUGGCUUUUAACAUCAUUGAACAGAACCUUCAUCUGCUGUAACGGUAGCCUGCAACCUUCCAUAAGAUUUAAAACUUAAGAAACAAAGGAAAUGUUGUCACUCCCGGGUCAUUAUCACAACACAGGCCAUAAAGCCUUCUGAUUUCAUCACGAAACAUCUUUUUUCCCCAGAUGUACGAUAGACAUGCUAUCAUCCUGAGACAAAUUGGGAGCUCUCGACUGAGGGAGGUGCGAACCAGCUGAGAGAAGUCUGGUUAGCUGAUUUGGACCUACAACAGUUAACCACACCAUUAACCAAACAAAUCCCAGGCGGAAAAAAAAAAAACAUUCAAUCUACAUUUGUGAAUAAUAAAAUAGAAACAUUCUCUCACAAGCUAAACCAUACAAGAGUUCAUUUAUAAAAGAAGUUCCAUGCCCAGAAACUGUCUUCACCCACAUCUGCCCAAACAAUGCCACUCCUUUUGCAUUAUUUAUUCAACAAGAGAUGAACAAAAUUCAAUUGUCAAAGAAUACCUAUAA